UUCCCGCACUACUUCCCAGCCCCUGCGCCUGCCUGGCGUCCCACGUUCUCUGGGCUGGUGGCUCUUUCGGGAGCUCGCGUUGGAUCGGGCCAGCGAGGUCCGGGAAGCUUUGAGAAAAAGCGGCGGUUUCGUUUUCGGGGACAGGAACCAAAAGUCAAGUUGGAGCAGCGCCGGACAGUGGAUGGCCUUGACUGACGGCGGCUGGUGCCUGCCGAAGCGUUUCGGGGCCGCUGCUGCGGACGCCGGCGACUCUGGGGCCUUUCCGGCAAGGGAGCCCUCCUCCCCGCCUUCCCCGAUCUCUUCCUCGUCCUCCUCCUGCUCCCGGGGCGGGGAUCGCGGUCCCUGCGGCGCCAGUAACUGCAGGACGCCGCAGCUCGACACCCAGGCGGUGGCGGGACCUCCGGGCCGCUCGCUGUUGCUCAGUCCCUACGCCUCGCAUCCCUUCGCGGCUGCCCACGGACCUUCGGCGCCCGGGGUCCCUGGCCCCGGGAGCGCCCUGUCGAGUUGGGAGGACUUGUUGCUCUUCACUGACCUCGACCAGGCCGCGACCGCCAGCAAGCUGCUGUGGUCCAGCCGAGGCGCCAAGCUGAGCCCCUUCGCGACCGAGCAGCCCGAGGAAAUGUACCAGACCCUCGCCGCCCUGUCCAGCCAGGGGCCGGCCGCUUACGACGGCGCGCCGGGCGGAUUCGUGCACUCUGCGGCUGCGGCG